AUGGAAGGCGUUGUCGCCGCAUCCUUGGAUGCAAUUCUGCCAAAACCACCGGUUUCUACACUUGUCGAUCUCCCGCAACCAAAACGACCUGACAGCAUUUGCGAUGCCAGUAGCGCUGAGUUCGACAUCUUCCGCUUCACACCUGUUCCUACACUCAUUCUUGAUGCAUCGCGCAGAAUCGUCCAAGUCUCAGACAGCUUUGUUAUGACCUCGCCAGGAGGUAGACGCGAAGAUCUCGUGGGGUGGCACGCAGAUGACGUUUUGGACCGAACAGACCGAACUUCAGCCUUCCCGGUGCUUGCCUCGGCCCGCGAAGCGAUCCGGAUCGUCGAGGAAACUGGAUCACUGACUCAGCUUGACCAUUCGACUGAUUCGCAACAAGUUUGGAGGACUCGCACAGUUCCCAUAUAUCGCAAUGACAGCCUUCAUUGUACACAGUUGGAGUUCCACGAUGUUACCGAAGAGCACAGGAAGAGGCUGGAGCUAGAGGAACGUUUGAGGAAUGUGGAGACUUUCCGUAUCCUCGUCGAAACGGUCAAAGACUAUGCCAUUUUCAUGCUCGACCCAAAUGGAAACAUUGCAACUUGGAACGCUGGAGCUCAAGCCUUUAAAGGGUAUACAAAAUCGGAGAUCAUCGGCCAACACUUUUCCAGGUUUUAUGGCGAGGACGAUCUUGCAACAGACAAGCCAGGUAGAGAGCUCCGAACUGCACUCCGCGACGGACGUUGCGAAGAUGAAGGGUGGCGUUACCGGAAGGACGGCUCCAGGUUCUGGGCCAACGUUGUCAUCACCCCCGUUUUCAGAGAAGGUGUCCUUCUUGGCUUCUCGAAAGUCACUCGCGACAUGACAGAUCGGCGAAAGGCUGAGCAACAACUCAUCGGUGCAUAUGAAGAGGCAUCAAAAUUAAAGUCAGAGUUCUUAGCCAACAUGUCUCACGAGAUCAGGACCCCUAUGCAUGGCUUGCUCUCAGCUUUGACGCUGUUGCUUGAUACGAAGCUAGAUUUCGAUCAGCUGGACCUUGCUCGCGUCAUCCAAGAGUCUGGCGAGGUGCUUCUUCAGGUGAUCAACGACAUUCUCGACUACAGCAAACUGGCCAACGGCAGCUUCUCGAUUAGCCACGACAUCAUCAACAUUGCAGAUAUCGUCCAUUCUGUCCACCGAGCGCAACAAAAGCUAUUCAGUCCUCAGGUCAAGUUUGAAAGCCACCUUGACCCUCAGAUACCUAAAGCCGGGGAAGGGGAUAGUCUUCGAUAUCGUCAGAUAGUACAAAACUUGGUCUCCAACGCUGCAAAAUUUACCGAGGAGGGAUCUGUACAAAUCAAUGCCAGGCUUGAGAGUGAAGAUGAGGAGAACUCAAUUAUCCGCACCGCAGUCGUGGAUACAGGCAUCGGAGUGCCAGAAGCAUCUGCGAAAGCUCUCUUUACUCCAUUUACCCAAUUUGACAACUCCGCUACCAAGAGAUAUAAAGGUACUGGUUUAGGUCUCAGCAUCUGCAGAAGCCUUUCUGAGCUCAUGGGCGGUGAAAUUGGCUUUCACCCAAACCCUGAGGGUCAUGGUAGCGUUUUUUGGUUCACCAUCAAGCUCAAGAAGUGCAAGCAGUUUCAGACCAUUAAAACUCCCCGGAUCGAAUUGGAUGGUCUUCGAGUCCCUUCGCCAGCGGACGUAGACCACAUGGAAGAGAUCAAACGUGUUGCUGUUAACAAGCACCUGUUACUGGCGGAAGACAACUUCAUCAACCGAAAAGUUAUGUUGCGAAUGCUGGCAGGUCUUGGCUUCCCGAACAUCGAUGUUGCUACUGAUGGCAAAGAAGCUGUCGCAAAAACGAUACAGUCGGCAGAUGACAGGCACGCAUCAGUUCCGUAUGACCUCAUCUUGAUGGACGUUAACAUGCCAGUCCAGGAUGGCGUCUCAGCCACACAGGAGUUGAGGGACAGAGGAUUCUAUAUGCCUGUUAUCGCGAUGACUGCAAACGCGCUGAAAGGCCAAGCUGAAGCAUACAUUGCCAAAGGCAUGAGUGGAUACAUCGCAAAACCUGUGGACAGGAAGCUUCUGAUCAAGAUCCUUCUGAGCUGUUUCAAAGAUCAGUCUAAUGACUGA